GUCCUACAAACACUUUUUCUAAUGUAACCAUUUAAGAGAGAGAGAGAGAGGAGGGAGAAAUGAGAAGUAAAGGGCAUGGGCUGCCAUUAUUUGAGACUAAGAGAGCUAAGGGAAGGGUCACAUAUAGGCUAUUUGCUUCUUCAAUAUUUGUGGGCAUAUGUCUGAUUUGGGUGUAUAGAUUGACUCACAUACCAAAACCAGGCCAAGAUAAUGCAGCCAGAUGGGCAUGGAUUGGUUUGCUUGCUUCCGAGCUUUGGUUCGGCUUCUACUGGAUUCUCACUCAAGCCGUCCGGUGGAACCGAGUGCAUAGAAUCACCUUCAAGGACAGGCUCUCUCAAAGAUAUGAGAACGAUGAGUUGCCGGGUGUGGACGUAUUUGUGUGCACAGCAGACCCGACAAUUGAGCCACCAAUAAUGGUGAUCAACACUGUUCUGUCAGUGAUGGCCUAUGAUUUCCCAGCAGAGAAGCUUAGUGUGUAUCUUUCAGAUGAUGGGGGUUCAGAUCUUACUUUCUAUGCUCUCUUGGAAGCUUCUAAAUUUGCCAAGGACUGGAUUCCAUAUUGCAAAGAGUUUGAUGUGGAGCCAAGGUCACCAGCUGCUUAUUUCAAGUUCAUGUCUUUAUUGCCUCCUGUAAGUGAAGCUGAACAGGCCAAUAAGUUUAUCACAAUCAAGAAAUUGUACAAGGAUAUGGAGAAUCGAAUUGAAAAUACAACCAAAUUGGGCCGAAUCCCAGAAGAAGAAAAGUCAAAACAUAAAGGAUUCUCUCAGUGGGAAUCCUAUUUGUCUCGGCGUGACCAUGACACCAUUUUCCAGAUCGUAAUUGAUGGAAAGGAUGCAGAUGCUAAAGAUGUUUUUGGUUGUACAUUACCAACUCUAGUAUACUUGGCCAGAGAAAAGAGACCCCAUUAUCACCAUAACUUCAAAGCUGGAGCUAUGAAUGCUUUGAUUAGAGUAUCUUCAAAGAUCAGCAAUGGAGAGAUAAUUCUGAAUGUGGACUGUGAUAUGUAUUCAAACAACUCUACGUCCAUAAGAGAUGCCCUUUGCUUCUUGUUGGAUGAAGAGAAAGGCCAUGACAUUGCAUUUGUACAAUUUCCACAAAAGUUUGAAAACAACACAAAGAAUGAUUUGUAUGGAACCGAACUUCGAGUACUUAACAAGGUGGAAUUCUCUGGCAUGGAUGGUUAUGGAGGCCCUCUUUAUUCUGGAACUGGCUGCUUUCACCGAAGAAAUGUUCUUUGUGGAACAGAAUUUGGUGGCGAAAAUAACGAAGAAGAGAGGGAAAUUAUCGGAGGAGAAUUAAGUGUUCGCGAUUUAGAAGAGAACGUAAGAGGCCUAGCAAGUUGUGCUUACGAGGAAAACACUCAAUGGGGAAAGGAGAUGGGUUUGAAAUAUGGUUGUCCAGUUGAAGAUGUCAUAACCGGGUUAUCAAUCCAAACCCGGGGAUGGAAAUCAGUGUUUUUCAGCCCCUCAAGGCCAGCUUUCAUGGGGGUGGCUCCAACCACACUGCUGCAAACAUUAGUCCAGCAUAAGAGAUGGUCUGAAGGUGAUUUCCAAAUUUUAUUGUCCAAGUACAGUCCUGCAUGGUAUGCCCAUAACAAGAUUACCCUUGGUCUUCAACUUGGAUACUGCUGCUAUUGCCUUUGGGCUCCUAAUUGCUUGGCAACUCUGUAUUAUUCAUUUGUCCCUUCACUUUGCCUUUUGAAAAGCAUUCCAUUGUUUCCACCAAUCUCAAGCCUAUGGCUUAUACCAUUUGCAUAUGUGGUUAUAGCCAAGUACACUUACAGUUUAGCAGAAUUUCUGUGGUCUGGUGGGACCAUCUUUGGUUGGUGGAAUGAGCAAAGAAUGUGGCUUUACAAGAGGGCAAGCUCCUACCUUUUUGCCUUCAUCGACACCAUUCUCAACUCGCUCGGAUUCUCCGAGUCGGCAUUUGUAAUUACCGCCAAAGUAGCUGACAAAGAUGUUUCCGAGAGAUACGAAAAGGAGAUUAUGGAGUUUGGGACAUCCUCACCAAUGUUCACCAUACUUUCGGUACUUGCCAUGGUAAAUCUCUAUUGCUUUGUCGGGGCUGUAAAGGAAGCAGUCAUGGGAGAGGGUGUCGUAAAAUUUUACGAGACAGUGCUUGUGCAGAUUCUGCUUUGUGGGGUUUUGAUUUUGAUAAAUUUGCCAUUGUACCAAGGCCUUUUUCUGAGGAAGGAUAAGGGAAAGAUGCCGAGCUCGGUAGCAGUCAAAUCAGCUGCAUUUGGUUUCUUUUUUUGCACUUGUUUUGCGUUCAUGUACUGAAUGAUAUGAAUG